AUGACGCCUGCCAAUCAGGUUGCCCCCAGCAGUGUCCUCUCACUGUCUCACUCCAGGCCCCCAGCAGUGUCUCCUCCUUGUCCCACUCCAGGCCCCCAGCAGUGUCCUCUCACUGUCCCACUCCAGGCCCACAGACAGCAGUGUCCCCUCCUUGUCCCACCCCUGGCCCACAAACAGCAGUGUCCCCUCCCUGUCCUACCCCAGGCCCCCAGCAGUGUCAUCUCACUCUCCCACCCCAGGCCCACAGACAGCAGUGUCCCCUCCUUGUCCCACCCCAGAACCCCAGCAGUGUCCUCACUGUCCCACCCCAGGCCCACAGACAGCAGUGUCCCCUCCUUGUCCCACCCCAGGAACCCCAGCAGUGUCCUCUCACUGUCCCACCCCAGGCCCACAGACAGCAGUGUCCCCUCCUUGUCCAACCCCAGGCCCCCAGAUGUGUCAUCUCACUGUCCCACCCCAGGCCCACAGACAGCAGUGUCCCCUCCUUGUCCCACCCCAGAACCCCAGCAGUGUCCCCUCCCUGUUUCUGAAACAUCACAGCACAGUUGA